AUGUCGUCGUCUUCAGCAACCGACGCCGACGAACAGUGCGCUAUCUGCAGGAGCGUUAUCACGGGAAGCUGCAACAAAUCCACCACUAGCUGUGGCCACUCCUUUCACUUCACGUGCCUCGCCCGGAGCAUGAGGAGCUCGUCCAUCUGCCCCAUUUGCCGGACCGAUCUCGCCGGCCCGAACACCAGAGACGAGGACACCGAGAUGAAGGACGACAUCGACACCGACAUCGACGUGCACGAGCACUCCGAUGGUGAGACGGAGGAGGAAGGCGAGGUCAGGUUGCCGCGUGCCGCACGAACCGGCGCGCGACGCGAGGUCAUCGUCACGGAGAUACGCGACGGCAGCUCGAUGUCCGACAUCCCCGUGUUCGGGAAUGAGGUCGAUCUCAGGAGGGAAAUUCUAGAGGGUAUCAUGCACUCCAUGUGCCAACAGGGGGACCUGGCGGAAGCGCGCAAUCUCCUGGACGACAACCCGCGCUUGCAGUACAGCAGGGGAAGUACGGGCGACCUGCUCACACACCAAGCCGUCCUUUCCGAGAACGAGUCGUUGUUGUCCUACCUCCUCAACGAGAAAGCGUUCGACACCAACUUGCCCAACGACGUCCACGCCUACCCGCUCCACUACGCCGUCCUCUCCGGGUCCUUGCGGAUGGUCACGAUCCUGGUCAACAACCGAGCCUUCGUCGACUGCACCGACAGCUCCAAGAAGACGCCUCUCAUGAUCGCGUGCGAAGAGGAAGACCACGACAUCGCGGAGUUCUUGCUCGACAGAGGGGCUUCCACGAUGACACAGGACGCGUGCGGAAACAAGCCCAUACACUUCGCCGUGAGGUCCAGGGCACAAGCUUGCCUCCGGCGCCUUCUCAACUCCGAAGCCGAAGUCAAUGCCGUCAAUCACAUGGACGAGACGCCGCUGUUCGUCGCGUGCAAGUCAGGUUUCCACGGCGUCUCCAGGACCCUCCUCCGCGCCGGGGCUGACCCGGAAAAGAGAAACAAGUUUGGCACGAGCCCCCUCGACGAAGCCUCGUCCAACGGGUCUUCGAGUCUCGUAGAACUGUUGCGGAGAUAUGUCUGA